AUGGCCUCUGAAUUGCUGCUGGCUCGCGCGCAGACAACUGCCCAGCUCUACGCCGACCCGCACAACCCACACCUGUACCUCGACCGAGCCCGUCUCUACGAAAAGCUCGGCUUCCCCGAUCUCGCCGCCGCCGAUGCCUACCGCGCACUCUCCCUGCUCGAAUCUGUGGUGGAUCCAGACGGAUUCGAGUUUCACGCCAAGAAAGUGGUCAGUAAGCCCGCUAGCCAGAAGGACAAUGGCGACGGGGGUGAGAACAAGGACGAGGACGAGGACGAGGACGAGAAUGAUGGGACGGUUCCCGUCACGCAGGAGGAAUACAACGCGCUCAUCGGCGAGGUUUAUGCCGUGUUAGUGCGCAGUCUCGUACGUUGUGGAUGUUAUCGCGACGCCUACGAGUUUGGCGUGCGUGGUCUUGGUUUAUUGCGCGAUCUAGAGCAGGGUGGCUCAUCGGCAACAACGGUCUUGAACGAGCAGAUGGAUCAAAUCAAGACGAUCUACAAGUUCCGCACGGAUGCGCAGGGUGAUAUUGACCUGGAUUCAAUUGACUCUGCUGCCCUUCCGGCACAGGGCAGAGCCCGUCGAGUCCUCUAUCCCUGGAACGAGCACGAGCCGGACCGUCGCGCUCCAGAGGAAUUGCGUUUUUUGAACGAGCGACUCGCGGAUAUUGCGCCCAAGUGCGAGGUGCGCGCUGUCGCUCUGCCGGCGUUACAUGACACCACAACCGACGAGGAAGAGGUCUCUGUGCAGCUCGGUCUCUUCGCGAAAGAAGAUAUCGCCGCGGACGAGAUCAUCCUGCGCGAGUCUUCGCUCCUGACGGCCACGAACCGCCUUCACGAUGAUCUGUGCGACGCUUGCAAUGCGCCCCUCCCUGAACUGUCUGCCGCUGAACCGCCUGUCGGUUGCGAGGGGGGCUGCGCAGAUACAGUCUUCUGCAGCCAGGCGUGCCACGACAAGGCGCAGAGUAUCUACCAUGGGGCCAUUUGCGGCCUGGAAGAUGGACUUGAGUCUAUUGGAAAGGAUAUUCCCGACCCCAAGGAUAAAGCAGAUUAUCUGUACCUGCUGCUCCUCGGUCGUGCCCUGGCUAUGUCCGCCACGCAGGACGUGGAUGCACUAGAACUGCCGGAAGUGAAGUAUAUUUGGGGUGAUUUCCACGAUUUCGAUCUUCAAACUGCGAGCGCAGGCGACGCCGCUACUCUGCCAUUCUCUUUCCAACUCAAUAUUCUUCAACCGACUCGUUUCCUUGAGGAAAUGGAAAUUGAUCCCUACGCCUCGCUCCCCCGCUACGACACUUGGGUGUUGAAUACCCUUUACGCCAAGUUCCGUGGCACUGCCUCUGGUCGUCUGUCAACGUGGGAUGGAGGUCCAGAACUAUGUGCAGUGCACCCGCUCUGGUGCCUGGCGAAUCACUCCUGCGAUCCGAACGUGUGCUGGGAAUGGGGUGGAGAAAUUACUUUCCGAGUUCGGGGCAACGAGGAGACAGCGGUUUGGUCAAGAAAGAAGAGUGAUGGGACCAUCGAGAUGAAGCCUCUUAAGGCUGGUGGUAUUGCCAAGGACCAGGAGAUUCUGAAUCACUAUUGUGAUAUUGCGUUGCCAGUCAAGGAGCGCAGGGAGUGGGCUUCUGGUGCAUUGGGUGGGACGUGUCGCUGUGACCGAUGCGCAUGGGAAGCUGGUGAGACUGAAUAG